GGGGAGCAUGAGGCCUCCUCAUCCUCCUUGCUUCGGUGCCACAAAUCCAGCGCUUCCUCCCUCGGAGCCGCCGCUCUUCAACAAGAAGAAAAAGACAAUCCGGCUCUUCUGGAGCGAGGUGCGCCCCACAGACCCUCAGUACAGGGACUACAAGCGGAGCGGAGAUUCGUUCUGGUCCAAACUGGAUCCAGUGAAAAUGGACACCGCCAAACUGGAACACCUGUUCGAGACAAAAUCAAAGGAAAUGCCAGUUACAAAGAAAACAGCAGCAGAUGGGAAGCGGACUGAGAUAAUCGUUUUGGAUUCCAAGAGGAGUAACGCCAUCAACAUCGGUCUGACGGUGCUUCCUCCUCCUCGCACCAUCAAGACAGCCAUCCUUAACUUUGAUGAAUAUGCGCUAAACAAGGAGGGCAUUGAGAAAAUCCUGACGAUGAUCCCCACAGAGGAGGAGAAGCAGAAGAUCCAGGAGGCCCAGCUGGCCAAUCCUGACGUCCCGCUGGGCUCGGCUGAGCAGUUCCUCCUCACUCUGUCUUCCAUCAGCGAGCUCUCUGCCAGACUCCAGCUCUGGGCCUUCAAGAUGGACUACGAGACAAUCCAGAAGGUCUGUGUCAACACGGGACAGUGCUGUUGUGAUGAGAUCAAACUAAAACUGCUCUCAUGGAUCUAUAAGCUCAGACAGAAUCCUUCCUAA